UGUACUGAGACUGAGUACAACAGGUGUGGGUAUCUUCCCUUUCUUCCUCAAGCAAAACGCAACCACAUUAUAAAAAAAAAUGGCAGCUUCUCUCCCAACUGCCAUCACUCUCUCCUCCAAGUCAAACCCCUCACAUUUUCUCCCCAAUUUCCGAAACCCUAAUUCAAAAACCCUCUUCUUCCCUUCAAAUUCAAAUUCAAAUUCAAAUUCAAAUUCAAUCCCCAAAACCCCAACACUGAAGAACAGAAGAAUGCCGACCCAAAUUCAAGCGACGACCGAUGAUCUUCUUGAUCCGGGCCUCCUGCAGCAGGCAAUCCAGCUGCUCCAAUCAUCGCCCCCCACGUGGCGGUCAUCGCUCCUCAACAACGUCUUGAUCUUUCUUAUCGGCUCCCCAAUCCUCGUCUCCGGCUUGUCUCUUUCCGGCAUCGCUGCGGCUUUCUUGCUCGGCACGCUUACUUGGCGUGCGUUCGGCUCUUCUGGGUUCCUUCUUGUUGCCACCUAUUUUGUCAUCGGUACGGCAGUUACGAAAGUGAAAAUGGCACAAAAGGAGGCACAAGGGGUUGCCGAGAAAAGAAGAGGUAGGAGAGGACCAGGUAGUGUGAUUGGAUCGAGUGCCGCCGGCUGUGUUUGUGCCGCCCUCUUAAUCUACGGUAUCGGUGGAGAGCCGUUUACAAGUCUUUGGCAACUGGGGUUUGUUGCCAGUUUCUGUACUAAAUUGAGCGAUACUGUCUCGAGUGAGAUUGGCAAGGCGUACGGCAAAACUACUUAUCUAGUCACGACAUUCAAAAUAGUUCCGAGGGGGACCGAAGGGGCGGUCAGUGUCGAGGGGACUUUUGCUGGAAUUCUAGCUUCGAUUCUUCUUGCUUCUGUUGGUUGUUUCAUGGGCCAGAUAAACGUAGGUGAAGCAGUCGUAUGCGUGAUUGCUUCUCAGAUUGCUAAUCUCGGCGAGAGUAUUAUAGGUGCUACGUUUCAAGAAAAGGAAGGACUUCAGUGGCUCAACAAUGACGUCGUGAAUGUGAUCAACAUAUCGAUGGGGAGCAUUCUGGCGGUCCUUAUGCAGCAACUAAUACUCGAAAGUUGGCAUACGUAGAGAUUUCCCUUUAAUUUAACGUACAGACACUCAUUCCAAUCAAGAAAAAAAGAAACGAAAAGGAGUACGGGAUUUCGGGACGACACUCGGUUUUUCCUUUUCGCCUUUCUGACUCAGGUUAAGUUUUCUGAACUUGACACAGAUAAGAGUAGAGAGCUGUGUUGCUUUUAAGUUCUUGUCCACUGUAGUUAUACAUUAAGAACACGGUAUGUUGUAAACAUGUUGAAAACUUAUAAAAAAAAAAAAAGGCAAAAAAAAAAAGAUUUAUUUAUUCAUCA